CUUCUUUUGAAAAAAAGAGAACCGAGCGCGGAGACUUACACGCCCGGAGAUUUCAAUUUGGAGGCUUAGAAUAACCGAAAACGCCACCAUCAGUCCGACCAAUAAUCUAUCUAGAGAGAGAAAGAGAGGAGAGAGAGAGUUCGAUGGGCACGAAAGAGAGUUGCAGGAAUGAGCUGCGAACUGCAAUCCGUCAGCUCAGCGAUCGUUGCCUCUACCCUGCCUCCAAAUGGGCAGCAGAACAGUUGGUGGGAAUCGAGCAAGACCCGGCGAAGUUCACACCGUCUCACACCCGAUUCCAGAGAGGAAGUUCCAGCAUUCGCCGGCGGUUCCGCACCAACGAGAUCACUUCCACGCCGGCGGCCGGCGUGUCGUAUGUGUCCACUCCGGUGCCGGAGGAAGACAAUGAGGCUACAGACAGUGAUUUUUACCUUCUAGCCAAGUCUUACUUCGAUUGCCGGGAAUACCGGAGGGCUGCUCAUGUGCUCCGUGACCAGACUGGCAAGAAAGCCCUGUUCUUGCGCUGUUAUGCUCUUUACUUGGCUGGAGAAAAGAGAAAAGAGGAAGAGAUGAUAGAACUUGAGGGACCCUUGGGCAAGAGCGACGCUUUGAACAGUGAACUGGUUUCUCUCGAGAGAGAAUUAUCAGCUCUUCGCAAAAAUGGUGUGAUUGACCCUUUCGGGCUUUACUUGUAUGGGCUUGUGCUCAAAGAAAAAGGCAGUGAGAACCUUGCUCGUACAGUGCUUGUGGAGUCGGUGAAUAGCUACCCAUGGAACUGGAGUGCUUGGUCAGAACUGCAGUCCUUGUGCACUACAAUUGAGACCUUGAACAGUCUUAAUCUUAAUAGUCACUGGAUGAAAGAUUUCUUUCUUGCCAGUGCUUACCGAGAACUUAGAAUGCACAAUGAAUCUUUAGCAAAAUACGAAUAUCUACAAGGAACUUUCAGUUUCAGCAACUACAUCCAGGCUCAAAUUGCGAAAGCCCAGUACAGUCUAAGGGAAUUUGAACAAGUUGAGGUUAUAUUUGAAGAACUUCUGAGGAAUGACCCUUAUCGAGUUGAAGACAUGGAUAUGUAUUCUAAUGUGUUAUAUGCAAAGGAGUGUUCCUCUGCCCUAAGUUACCUUGCCCACAGGGUAUUUUUGACUGAUAAGUACAGACCCGAGUCUUGUUGCAUUAUUGGGAACUAUUACAGUUUGAAGGGGCAGCAUGAGAAGUCAGUUGUGUAUUUUAGGAGGGCACUCAAACUGAAUAAAAAUUUUCUGUCGGCUUGGACUCUUAUGGGUCAUGAGUAUGUUGAGAUGAAGAACACCCCGGCUGCGAUUGAUGCCUAUAGGCGAGCUGUGGAUAUAAAUCCAUGUGAUUAUAGAGCCUGGUAUGGAUUAGGACAGGCAUAUGAAAUGAUGGUUAUGCCCUUUUAUGCACUUCAUUAUUUCAAAAAAUCGGUGUUCUUGCAGCCAAAUGAUUCUCGGUUAUGGAUCGCUAUGGCUCAGUGUUAUGAAACCGAUCAGCUUCAUAUGCUUGAAGAGGCAAUCAAGUGUUACAGAAGGGCAGCAAAUUGUAAUGAUAGGGAAGCAAUUGCUCUUCACCAGCUUGCAAAGUUGCAUAAUGAGCUUGGACGUUCUGAAGAGGCAGCAUUUUACUACAAGAAGGACUUGGAGAGGAUGGAAGUUGAAGAGAGGGAGGGGCCAAAUAUGGUUGAAGCACUACUUUUUCUUGCCACGCAUUGCAAAGCCCAGAAGAGAUUUGAAGAAGCCGAGGUGUAUUGUACCCGACUUAUGGAUUAUACUGGCCCGGAGAAGGAAACAGCCAAGAGUCUUCUUCGAGGAAUGAGAAUACAACAAUCUGGUUUCCCUUCAAUGGAUGUUGAGCAUUUUCCUCCCUAGAAUCUCCAUCCUAAGUAAUUCAAAGCCGGUGUGCCUUCCUCGGGAAUUUGGUCUUCUAUGGAAGUGAAGGACAGAUGUGAAGCUUGGGAUAGGUCUAAUAUAACUAAGAGCUUAUAAUUUUAGUGGUGUUUAAUUUAUUUAAUAUCAUAGAGAGGUAUCAGUAUUCUUAUUGUGGAAAUUUUGGUCAACUGUGAUGUCAUAAUUUUCUAGGAUACAUGUUUGUACUUUGUAGUGUGAAAAAGUUUCAACUUUUGGCAGAUGCAAAUACUGUAAUUUUAGAGUCUGAAAACUCUGGCUAUAAUACAAGCCUGUAGAAUGUAAUUGAAACCAUUUCAAGCCCUAGGAAAACAUAUUCAGCUGUCUUAUCCAUCUAAGAAAUUUACAAGGGUAUGCUUGUUUUUGUUGUGUUCA